UGUAUUGUAAUCAUUACUAAGAGUAAAAGCGCGAUUGUGUUUAAAUAUUAAUGUUACGUCCAAUAAUUUUUAUAUGUCUGUGAGUAAGAGUUUUUUUCUUUGAAAUACAUAUUCGGCCGAACAACUUACAUAUUUCAUUCUCGAGUUUUAAGCGGAGAGGAAAACUGUUUGUUCUAGUUGAUAAUUUGUUUGUUGGAUAGAUGUGUUCCGUAUAAUCCUGUCUGUACAAGGAUAAUUGUGCUCCUUUUCUUUUCAAUCCUAGUGUCGUUGAACUUGCAAGAUUGACGAGAAUAAAUUAAAUUACUGAAGUUUGACCACUAAAAAUAUGAAGAUUCAUCAAGGUUUUGGAAUUCUUUUUUAUCCAGUUCUUUUGCAUAAAUAGAAUGAAAAGAACAAAUCUUCUGUAUAUUGCAUGUGGAACAAGUCUCACUCUGUUAGUUCUUCAGAUAGUUGUGUUGCAGUCUCUUAUCAAAAAAGAAAAAACUGAAGUUGUGCUUGAUUCUGCUUAUGUAUUCAUUGCUAGAAUUCUUAGUUUAUCUUUUAAACAUAAUGUUCCUUUAUUUUUGGUUGAUCCAAAAAUCUUUCGACAUAUUCUGAAUGGAAGUAGUUCAGGUCAUUCUGACUGCCGUUUACUUUGUUCAGGUCAAAAAGUCAUCCAUCUUGCUACUAUUGGCCCAUUAUCAACACAAAUUCAAAAGAAUGCAUUUAUUGAAGCUGUUGAAUUGGAGGGAAAUAAAGUACUACUGUUUAUUGGCUCAGAUCCAGUGCUUCUACAGCAUGGACUUAAUUCUCCUAUUCCACUACAUUUUAUCAUUACUAAUCAGCAAAAUUCCAUGCAUAUUGUUGUGCUCUAUGAACGGCCUGCAAAAUUCUGGUGGACAGGUGGUUACCAUCUGUCAGAUAAUGAAUUGCAUGAACUGUAUGAAUUAGGCUUCAAACAAGAAGAUUUUGAUAUGAUCAAACAUUCAGCUGCACUUGAUAAGGUUGAGAUAUAUUCUGCAGCUAUUGAUAAGGUAAAAAUUUUUGUUCCAUAUCAACAAGACAUUUUCUUGGAUUAUUAUUCUAAUAAUCGAUUUAUUGAAUGCAAUUACACUCAAGCUAAGAAGUUUCAUGAGAAAUAUGGAAGAGAUGAAAGUGAUGAAGCUGAAAUAUUUCGAUCAAGGGCUUGGAAAUUGCUUUCAAAAGCAGUGUCUCUUUUAGAUCAAUUGAAAGUCCCUUUCUGGUUAAGCAGUGGUACUUGUUUAGGAUUUUACAGGGAGUGUGGUUUUAUAUCUUAUAGCAAAGAUGUUGAUUUGGGCAUUUGGAUUAAAGAUUACAAACCAGAUAUCAUUUCUGCAUUUUCUACUCAUGACAUUCCUUUAACUCAUUCAUUUGGAAAGGUUGAAGAUAGUUUUGAAUUGUCUUUUAGGGAUAAUGAUAUAAAGCUUGAUUUAUUUUUCUUUUAUGAAGAGAGUGAUUAUGUGUGGAAUGGAGGUACUCAAGCAAGAACGGGUAAAAAAUUUAAGUACAUUUUCCCUAAAUUCCAGUUGUGUUGGACUGAAUUUUUGGAACUGAAAGUCAGGAUACCUUGUCAAACAGAAGAUUAUAUAAAAGCAAAUUAUGGUCCAAAUUGGUUUGAGCCAAUAAAAGUUUGGGACUGGAAGAGCAGUCCUCCAAAUGUUAUAGAGAAUGGACAGUGGCCUUUAGAUGAAUGGCCUGAAGUUAUACAACUUCUACCAUUACCUGAACAAACUUAAAAAAUAUAUAUUUGGUUUUGAAAACCGUUAUGUGAUAUCUUUUUGUAUGGAUUUCUUUGCUAAUAUCGCAUCCUUAGCAUUGACUGUGCAGCUAAAUUGUUAAUUUAUUUUAUAAUCCAUCAUUUUUGUAUGUUUUAUAAGUGUUGUAAACUUUUCUGUGAAGUCAUAUUUUUAUUUACAUUAUUGUUUGUACUAAUCUUGUUUUGUUUGUGAUAAUCUUUGUCUUGGCAGUAACUGAUUGGACAAACUCAUUAAUAAACAACAUAUGAAUGCAUUUACAUCUAUCAUUGAUUGUCAAUCUGAAACAUGAAUGAUGACAGUAGGACUUUGCCCAGCUUACAGUUUUUGUCAAAGUGAAAUCCUAGGGUGUUUUUAUCUAUUCUUCUUCCAGCAUCAGUUUUGUGUGAGAACUUCUGUGCUGACAGAUUUUUAAACAUUGUCAGUUCACAGAGGUAUUGCAGUUAGAAAACAGCCAUGUGUGUCUGGAAUUAGAAUUUGGAGCUUUCAGUAUGGAAGCAGUUUCUACCAUAAUUACGUGACUACUGUGUGACUUUUCUGUUUUCGUAUAUAAUUUGGAAGAUGAAAUUGUGUCAAAUAUAUUUGUACUAUAUAUGAAUAGUAAUCAUUUAGAAAAGUUGGGUUUUAAAUUUGAUUUAAGAUCUUUCGAUUGACAUGUAAAAUUUUGGAAACUACUAUAUAUUUUCAUAGUUAUAUCAUCAGAUAAAAAUUUUACUUGCUGAUUUUUACAUUUACUGACAGUUGUUAACUAUUGACAUUUUUUUUUAACUGGCUGAUGAAUAUUCAUUUCCUACCUGAAUUUUCUUUUAUCAGUUUACCUGAUUUGUAAAUUAAUAAUUUUUAAAACUUAUGCGGUCCAUCAGUGGUUGAAUAAAUAAAACUGUUAAAUGCUGUUCAGUCAACCUAGAUUCAAAUACAGGUAGAUGAGUUGGCUGCAUGGGCAUUUUUAUUAUUUUCCAAUGUGUUGCUUGGAUAGGACCUAAUUGCCUUUAGAAGGUUUUCCACAAAGGUAUUCUUACUUAUAAGCUAAUAGUCCCUGUAUAUUUGCUGUAAUUGGUUAAAGAAAACACUUUCUGUACACACAACAGUACCACUCUCAUAUAAGGAAUAGAAAAAGAAAAUUACAUUGUUUACCUUUAAAUAUCCAGAUUUUUUUAAAUUUAUAGUAUAAUUGUAAAUGCUUUAUAUCUUUUAAAACAGCACUAUCAGUAUUAUCUGAAAAUGCUCAAGUGUGCUUAACCGCUGAAUUUAAUUAUUGAAAAAGUAAUUUUAAGUCUGCAAUUAUUUUUGGUAAUAGUAUUUUGCUGAAGUUUUAUGAAUAGUUUGCAGUGUAAGGCAUUUGAGGAUUAAAAAAAUUGUAGGUUUCUGGUAUUGUCUAUUUUAUAUUUUCUUUUAGUGUUUAUCCUUUUACAAUUUCUGUUCCGUUUAAAUAUUUUGUCUGAUUUUUGAUUCAUACAUAUUUUUUUAUAUAUUUUAUGAAGAAACUGAUAUCAGACUCUUUUUCAUAGCUUACAAAGAAGCAAUUCUAAAAUGUGAAUAUUAUUUAAAAAAUUCUUUUCUAAUAUGGAUCUCUUUAACUUUCUGUUUGAUGAGGUGUUUUAUCUUUAUUUCUCGAUAAUUAUUUAAAAUUUUUAAAAAAUUAUUUUUUUGAGGUAUUAAAAUAUUUUUCAUUGCUUUUUAUAAAUAAAUUUUAAACUGUCAACAAUUUUUUAAAUGUUUAGAAUAUAAAUUUUCCGCAAUUAUAUCCUUAUUUUUAUGUAUUUGAUAACUAAUAAAUGGAAAUACAAGUUGCCCAUUUUCACAUAAUUUUUUAAAAGUGAUAUACAUUGUACUUUUGGAUUUAAAAAGUGAAAUUUAAUUAUAUUUUUAUAUUUCUGUAUUCUUCUGCAUUUAAUAUUAUCACUACAAGUAAAUUAUAUUAGCAAUUGUGAAUGACAGAGACCCUGACUGCAGUUUGAGUAUUUCAUACACCAUUAUAUUUCAAAACUGCAGGUACUGGUAUUCUAAAAAUUUAAGUACUUUUAAUGGCAAAAGGGUUUCAGAAUUGAGUCUUAAACAAAUAAGAUUUUAUACUGUGAGAAAGAGACAAAGACUGUUAAAUUAUCAUAAUAUUUGUUAUUAAUAAUUUAACAAUGUCAAAUCAAAAACAUGUCUUCAAAGGAGUCCAUUUUGCAUAGAAAGAAGUAAAAUUAAGUUAGACAACUGUAGAUUUCAUAUUUUUGAAGCAAAAUGGAAUUGAAUGUGUUGCAAACUUUACUUGAAAAGGUUUUCCUGAUGCAAUUCUAGUCUUUGUGAAAAGUGUCAAAGAUAUUACUGUCAUAAUAUUUGAUUGUGUGAAAUAUGUUUGCUUCAGUUUUUUGUGAUAUUGUUUUUACUUUAUAUAAAAUAUUAGUUCUAAGCAUGAAGUUUUAUUUAUUUAUUGUAAUCGGAGUGAAUAAUUUAGGUAUUGCGUUAUUAUUUCUGAAUUUCUGUGAAAUCUCCUGAAUUUUUUUAACAAUUAUUUUUGUGGUAACAGUGCCUUAACAAUGAACAAAACUUGUGAUUCGAACAAAAUUAAAUGUAUUUAAAAAGUGCAUGUUUAAUGUCUAGGAUAAAAUUUUCUUUCUUCUUUAAAAUGAAAUUGAUGAUCUGUAAUGCCAAUGUUGUUUAUCUGCUGUAGUUGUACUAAAUGUGUAUUUAUUGUGUCUAAAUUAAUUUUUCAAUCAUUAUUUAAUAGAUGUCUGCAGGAAAGGUGUCCAUAGCAGCAAAAAUACGUUUGAUAAACUAUUUAUUACAUACAUUUCUAGUUUACAUGUUAUAAAAGAACACUGAUAGUUUUUUCUCUAAUUAAAAUCAUUUCUACAAAUUUAAACACACAUAGCACUGGAAGCACAAUAGACAUCUAUACAAUAGUUGAUCUCAUUCAAUACUGAAGUAUGUUUAAUGUGAUUAUAGCCUCAACGUUGUCUGUUUUAUAGGUUUUAAGAUGAUGAUAGAACUACUUGUAGUCCUUUGUGUAUUGUCUCAAAAAUUGCUGCUUUUCUAGGUCUCUGGAAAGAGAAGACAAACAUGGAAAAUACAGGAGCAGUUUUCUGUACAAGAAAAAUUUGACUUGACCUGAAUAAUGCCCUCAGUAUGUACAGUACUGCAAUCCAGUGGGCCAAGAAAGUGAAAUAUCUUGGUAUUAUUUUAGACUAAAAACUCAUACGUACCCCUACAUAUAUUACUAACAAGUUUCAAGAUAUUAAAGUCUUGCUCAACCUCUUAAUUGAACUCUGUUCUCUCUCUAGAAAACUUACUUGUGUAUAAGAUUGCAUUGCAUCCCAUUAUCCCCUAUGACUGCCUUGUCUGGGGCUAUCACAGCAAUAUCACUUUAAAGAAACUCCAAGUAAUGCAGAUCUUUAUUCUUUGGCAAAUAACUAAAAAUUCAGUGGUUUAUUAGAAAUGAAGCCAUUCAUUUUGAAUUAAACAUUGAUAAAAUAGCAAAAGAAUUCACUAAUUGAAUUAACACCUUGAUUUCUUCGAUGAAUUAUGACUACAGAUACAAAAAGUAAUAUAUAUGUAAAUUGCACCAGUUCCUCAUUUGUGCAUAAUUAUUUAACAUCAUUCUCCUGUACUUUGCAUAUUUCUCCUUCCCUAUCUAUUUUGGCCAAUUAUUCAAAAGUAAUAUAUGAAUUCCUAUCUAUUUUGGCGAAUUAUUCAAAAGUAAUAUAUGAAUUCCUAUCUAUUUUGGCGAAUUAUUCAAAAGUAAUAUAUGAAUUCCUAUCUAUUUUGGCGAAUUAUUCAAAAGUAAUAUAUGAAAGAGUCUUGCCUACUAACCAAUGCCUGAUUCGCAUGAAGUUACACUUUAAUUCUAGCCUCCCUGUUGGCUCUAAGCUGAUCUGAAGAAGCUUUGCCUCCUUUGCCAUCUGUCCCUGCUCUCGUCUUUUCUGGACCAUUUUGGAUGUCGAUCUCAUGUGGUUCACUUGCUCUGAUGCAGUGUCACGACAUUCUUACCACUAAUACCUAUAAACUAAACUAAUGUGUAACAACCCUAGUGGAUCAUGGCUUGCAGUGCCCCAGUAUCUGCUUCUUCAUUACCACCUCUCUUAUGUUAGCCUAAGGAAUGUUAUGGCCAUUCCAGCUUAUGUUGCUAAAUGCAUGGGGCUCACUCCCAAGUACCUGGUUUUCUUGAACUCGUUCACCUAAGUCUUCUAGGUCUUCCCACCAAUAUUGCAUAUAACAAUCAUAACACACAUGAAACUUUAUCCUGCAAUGUCAGUAUUGUUACUGAAUUCUGUGAUCGAUAGUUGAUACAUGGCCAUGAGGAAAACUUCAAAAGACUUUCAUUUUGAUGACCUCGACUAGAAACCUCAAUCCAUAUAAUAUAAUGAGCAUUUUCUACAUUGACCUUGAUGCAUCACUGCUCAGAUGGACAAAGUUGUUGAAUAUUAAUUUGACCCUGUUUCAAACAGGCUGACUGCAUAAGUGUUUUUGUGGAUUUCCCAUGUGUUAUAUGAAUACGAGCCAUUUUCUCUUAAAAUCUCCCCUUAGGCAGGUAGCCCUAGUGUGCUUUGCUGUAGUCAACUAAUCCGAUACAAUCCAAGUUUAAUUUAUUUUGGAUAUAUUUCAGCUGGAUAACAUGUAUUUAUUUCUAGUUGUUAGAUGAAGAAAUUUUAUAUAGUAUUGUGCUACAUUUCUGAAAUCAUGUGUGUCCCCCUUCUUAAUAAGAUGUGUGCAUUGAGUUGGAAAAGCAAAAAUACUGUACAAAUUAAAAUAAUAAAAAAGGAAUUCUAGUCACGACAAGCGUAUAUUGCAUGUAAGCAGUCUAGUCAAAGAUAUUUAAAAUUGUGACCUUUCAGCCAUGUUCGCAUUUUAUGAAAGCUAAGAUCACAUUUUUGCCAAAACCGUUGUUUUCAUUUAUUGUUAGGCUAAUUGCUUAUUUUUUUAGUAAAUUUUACAUGUAUAUUAUAUGAAAAAGAAAAAAAAUUAAUUAAAUCUUUGAGCCUGAAGAAUUUUACAAAAAUAUAUGUUUCUCUCUCUCUGUAAAUAUUAUAGAUAAUGAAUAAAAUUCUAUUUAUAUUAUGAUGCAAGAACGUGUGAAAUCUUGUGAAAAUAUUGACUGAAUGCAUUUUUGUAUGAAAUAUCGUACCUUGAAUAUCUUGAGAAUAAAAUUGUGUCAUUAUAUAUUAAAGUAGUCGUGUGUGUUUCUUAAAAAAAAUUAGCCUUCCAGCACGCGCGCAUCGUUUUUUUACGACAUUCGUUAUUUUACCUUUUUGGCACGAAAAACGACAGAAAUGAGUGAAUAUUGAUAAUAAAUUUAUAAAGAAAUAAAAUAUUAAUCAUAUUAUUGCAAAAUACAAAUGAUAUCACAUUCAAAUAUAAGAAAAUUAUU